AUGCCGUUGUCAUCACAAUAUGGAGGAGAUCCGCGAGCUGUAAACUGCGUGUCGGCCAGCAAUUUUUUUUUUUGGGAGGAAGUGAGCAUUGCUGGAGCUUCCAGCGUCGUUUACAAUUGCUUCUUGGUGCUUGUGAAGACUGCGUUUACAUGCAUUUCAAAGGUGAUUGUGGGUUAG